AUGCGCGGCCGUGAUAAGGGAUCUGUAGGUUCUGCAAAGGCCGACAAUGCCUGGAGCUUCUUCGACUCCAAUACCCUAGAUUUCGCCGCAAAGACUCGGCUGCCCGUUGCGUUCUUCCACGAUGUCGGCAAAAUACAGAAACAGCUGGAACAAGCUCCCAAAAAGGAGGAAACGGACACAGAGGCCGAUCCCACCCUUCUCAAAGAACAGUUACAGAUGUUGCAGUCAGUCAGGGAGUUGGAGGAGAAGUUGGCUCGCGCAAAGCAUGAUUUGAACACUGCGAUGAAGAAAAAUCCCACAUCAGGAAGUCCUUCUCGCGAUCAAGUCAAAAGUCAGUCUAUUUCUCUGUCCAGAGAAGACUAUAAAAAUCUCGUCGACCUCUACUACCAUUCUAUGCGCACCCGAUUCGACCCUGAAAAUCCGGAUCAUUCUCCAACACCCACAAUCUUGGAGGAUUAUGCGUUCAAGCUCUCUGAGGAUUUCGCUCCGCCUCAAGCAUAUGUGGAUUUCUAUCAUCAUGACACGGACUAUCGCUCACCGUUGGAACAGAUUGAGAAGCAAAUGAAAAGCCAAAAGUUGCACGAAAUCCGUGUCACUCAAGUCUUCCUUGAUUUGCUGCUCAAUGACGACACCCCUAACAGAGCGCUUUUUGAGGCCUAUCAGAAAUUGCCUAAACCUGGAGUGGCCUUCUUGCCCCGAGGUACCGUGAGGGUGUUCUUGCAACGAAUGGCCACUCCCUGGCAAAAGAGCGAAAAGACCAUGAUUCGAUAUCUUUCACUCAUAGAUGACAUGCAAGAAGCCGGACUGCCCAUCACCCGAUAUGAAUGGGCAUCUGCUAUCUAUUUGGCAGGGAGAUCUUUUGGGCAAGUCACCCGCAAAGAUGUGAUGAGAGCAUUUGACAUAUGGAAGCAAAUGGAACAACAAGCUGGAGUCAAAGCACACCAUGUCACCUUCAAUAUACUGUUUGACCUGGCUGUAAGGUCAAACAUGUAUGUUGUGGCUCAGAAAAUUCUGAAGGAGAUGCAUGAUCGUGGUCUUCGUCUGAACCGCCUUGGUCGCGUAAGCAUCAUAUAUUUUCACGGUCUCCGUCGGGACGGGGACGCUGUUCGAAAGUCGUACCGGGAUUUUGUCGAUGCUGGUGAAAUAGUUGAUACGCUCGUUCUCAACUGCGUCAUCUCGUCGCUCCUCAAUGCCGGAGAGCCCGAGGCAGCAGAGCAAAUCUAUGAGCGAAUGAAGAGCCUUUAUACUCAGUUGCAUGUCCGACAAGGAGAUGAUGGUCAGAUGACAUAUUACAAACGGUACCCGGGCACGGGCGAGCAAUCAAUCGGCCAUGAAAUGGCAUCCAAUCACCUCAAUCGAGUGCUCCUUAGAAGCUCAAGGUUGAAGGACUUGUUGCCCGACCAACACAGGGAAUUGCAAGACAGCAUGCCCCUCGUCCCAGAUCACACGACAUUUCGCGCCCUCAUCGCUUACCACAUCAACGUCUCCGGGGAUCUCGAUCGAGUUGUCGUUCUGCUAAAUGACAUGGCAGAGGUGUUUGGUUUACCAUUUCAAACCAUCCUGUUCCAGCUCUUGUUCAAAGGUUUCGCUCUGCACGGGGGCUCAGGUGAUCCCGACGCUACUUGGAGUGUUCGAAGAUUGGCGUCGGUGUGGGACGCAUGUCGAAAAGCUAUCAAAGAUAGGCAGGCAUACAAGAGAGCCAGGGCCGACGGUAUCGAACCAAAUCUACCAUCUAUAAAGGAGGUAAACCAGGUCAUGCAAGAGAAGGAACGAAGGUAUCGUGAGGGCGACGGCACUCCUGCCCCAUCGGUGCCAAGUUUGAGAAAAUUGAGCACCUGGAAUGAAUUUGUCAUCGACCUGGCAGUGUUCCCUCGAGAGCGUCGUAAACAUAUUGAACGAAUUCAUGCACAGUUAUUUGACGACGAAGCGAAGUACGAGGAGUCUUUACGCAGCGAGAACAACCCUUCUGACCCCGUAGAACAAGAAGCGUAUUACCCUCUGGGCGAUCCCAGACUUGAUGAUCAAGAAGGUGAAUAUGUGAUGCCUCCGCCAUCCCGGGCCAUUGAUCCAAACUGGACUCAGGAUAACGAUACAUUUGAAUCGCCUUCCUUUCCUCAAGGUGAUCCAGAGGCAAGCGAGCCUACCGACCCAUCCUCAAGAGAAAGGCCCAUGCCCCUCGAUUUGGGCGCAGGAACAAACACAGGUCCCUCAGCUUCAACUCAACAAGACGUGUAUGGAAUUGAUCUGGCAAAUGGGUCAGACUUUGACCCAGAAACCCGUCCGGAUUCACCCAAUGCACCACAUCAAGUCCGAGCCUCCCAAGCUUUGGUUUGUUGGAUGCUCCGUGCAUACACACGCUGCACAGGCUCGCGAGCCCACAUUGAAGAAGUGUACAACUCGGUUCGCAAACUCUGGGUGCCUCAUGAUGAUUACGAGCGAGAUAAUGUUCUGCGGGUGCUGGAGCGAUGUUUGAGAGAUUGUGACAAAUAUGGUCCACCAUUACGGAGCGGAUCUGAUCGAGAUAAAAUCAGCCGGAAGAGGUGA